UACGAUGUGACUAGGAAGGCGCUUCUCAAAGGCCGCGAGGAGAUGCUGGCGCUCGCCGCCGCACAGCUCCGCUUCAAGGCCGAGAAGCAAGGUGGCAGCGCUGAAAAGAAGCGCAUCUGGGUCGACGUGGGCUUCUUCUCAUUCACCCGAGCUCCUCUGGUCUGCUAGUCUAACAAGCCGUCAGGUCGGCGGAGGGACGGGCUGGAACAUCGAGGCCAUGUCCGAGUUUCUCGAUGUGCCCAAGUUCUUCUCCAGCGUCUACCUGGUGGACUUCUCACCUUCGCUCUGCGAAGUGGCCCGGAAGCGGUUCGCCCGGCUCGGCUGGAGCAACGUGAAGGUGAUCUGCGAGGAUGCGAGGAAGUUCCGCCUCGAGGACUAUGAAAAUGGUCUCUCUGGAGGCCGAACCACCCCGACGCGUUCGUCUGCGAGCUACUUCGAGCCCCGGCCCGACCAUGGAGGGGCCGACUUGGUUACCAUGUCGUACAGCCUGUCGAUGAUCCCUGAUUACUACUCCGUCAUCGACUCCCUGACGUCCCUCCUCUCGCCCCACGGAAUCAUGGGCGUCGUCGACUUCUACGUCCAGUCGAAGGUUGACGUGAGCUUUCGCAACUACACCGGCGGCCUGGCCGGGCGCCACGUCAACUUCCUCGGACGGACGUUCUGGCGCUCCUGGUUCGACCUUGACCGGGUUUCCCUCGAGCCCGGACGCCGGGACUACUUGGAGUACCGGCUCGGAACCAUCCUCACGGCCAACCUGCGGAACAAGGCCCUGGGCUCGAUUCCCUACUACAUCUGGCUGGGAUGCCACAAGAAGCCCUUCUCUUCGUCAAGUCUGCCUCACGAGAUCGUCGAGCGCAUCGAUGCGCUCGCCACCGAGUCCCCGUACCUCUUCCCGGCGAACAACCAGAAGGGGACGAAUGCCCUGACGCGCGCGGUUGAGAGGACCGCGCCAGAGAUCCGGUCCAAGGCGUUUGACGCUGCUGUUGGGAAUCUCUCGGCCAACCUACCGCUGCCUUCGUUUUUCUACCAGAACCACCACUGGCGGAUCUACUACGACGACCAGCUCGAGAAGCACAUGCAGUUCAACGACGAGUACAUCUACGCCUUCACGUGGGAGGACUCGCAUGUCGACGCGGAGCUGCUCAAGCUCGGCCCGGAUGAUGUCGUCCUAGCCAUCACGAGCGCCGGCGACAACAUCCUCUCGUAUGCGAUGCAAAGCCCGGCAAGGAUCCACGCCAUCGAUCUCAACCCGAGCCAGAACCAUCUGCUGGAACUCAAGGUCGCCUCGUUCACCGCGCUGCCCUACGAGGACUUCUGGAAGAUCUUUGGCGAGGGCAAGCACCCCGAGUUCCGGUCCCUGCUGCUGUCCAAGCUCUCUCCGCACCUGUCCAGCCGCGCGUUCCAGUACUGGCUCGACCGCGCCAGCAUCUUCACCAACGAUCGCGGCCGCGGCCUCUACGACACGGGCGGCAGCAAGCACGCGAUCCGCGUCUUUCGCUGGGUCUCCCGCCUCUUCGGAUGCCGCAAAGCAGUCAAGCAGCUCCUGGAAUCGAAGACGCUCGCCGAACAGCGACAGAUCUGGCACUCCAAGAUCCGCCCGGCCCUCCUGAGCCCCCUGGUCAGCAACAUCGUCGUCAGCUCCGAAGCCUUCCUCUGGGCGGCGCUCGGCGUGCCCAAGAACCAACUCGCCAUGAUCGAGGCGGACCACGCCACCAGCGAAGCGGUCACGGGCCCCUCGCCGACGGCCAAGAACAAGCGAUCCCACGCCAUCUGGCACUACAUGGUCAACACGCUCGACCCGGUCAUCGAAACGACGCACGUGGGCACCGACAACCCCUACUACCACGUCUGCCUGGCCGGCGAAUUCUCCCCGCAGUGCCAUCCGGACUACCUGUCUCCGCGCGCGCACGCCAUCCUCAGCCGGCCGGACGCCUUCGACGGCCUGCGCAUCCACACGGACGAGAUCGAGGAGGUCAUCGCGCGCAUCACGCCGGGCACGCUGACCGUCGCCAUCGUCAUGGACAGCAUGGACUGGUUCGACCAGCAGCCGGCGGGCGCGGGCACGGGCACGGCGGCGCGGCAGAUCGCCAAGCUGAACCGCGCGCUCAAGAUGGGCGGGCGCGUGCUGCUGCGCAGCUCGGCGCGCAGGCCCUGGUACAUCCGCGAGUUCGAGGCGCACGGGUUCGUCGGCAAGCAGGUCGGCGACCGCGAGCCGGGCAGGUGCAUCGACCGCGUGAACAUGUAUGCGAGCUGCUGGGUGUGCACCAAGGUGGAGAACUUGCCGCCCCCGACGCCCGGCUCCGAGGCGGAGGUGGGACAGGGCAUCGCGGAGGAUCUGCUCCGGCUGUGACUGGGUGAGUGGGUGAGUGGGGGUGCCGGUGAUUGGUGAUGGGUGAUGGUGAUGGUUCGGGAAGGGGCAGCUGGGGAAUUCCCGGGAAGAAAGUCGAUGAAUG